UUCUAACUCCACUGCCUUCAGGAAAACCUCCCAGUUUCUCUAACCCCAAUAUCCACUAUCCUCGCAAGUUGUCCUAUAACCCGUCGACUACCCCUAGCAUAAUCAAUAUCCACUCUUCAGGCCCUCGAAAAGUACGAAAUCUAUCCGUCGUCAAACUUGAAAUCCAGGGGUCAACAAACACUCGGCGUGAUGCCAUCUUCUUGCGACGGGAUACGGAGGUCGAUCAAGGGGGCAAAACUCGGCGAGAAGUUGGAGCGGCCACGCAAGCAAGGCAGUGUCCAGGUACACUGCCACAACAAGCUGAUGGAGUUCUUCACUGCAGCUCGAAUCAAGGAGUUGUUAAGUUGUGAUUGUGCCCAUUGUCCACCCGGGAUCCCAACCGAUGAGACAGUUCAGGAGAUCCGAGGCGACCCUAGCAGUAGCAGGAACGGCGGACCAAGGACCACCGCCACCUACGUUGGAGUAUUGGCUUUCCUGCUCAUACAGAUGAUGGAUAUACGGCCCGUCUUCAAAUUCAUGGAAAAAGGGUACUCGGAUCAAAAGCUGGCUGGAUCCAGGGAGCUGGAUUUUAACCCUCCUUCGGAAUCCGGUGAUAAACCCCCAAUCUCCCAGUGGACAUUCAACAUUCUGGUCUCUGGGGAACCCGAUGACACUGAGGAGACGACCGCAGACACGACCGAAUACUCCAACUUCUUCAACUACUUCAUCGUCAACCUUUGGUACGAAGAUCGUUAUAACCACCGGCAUAUCAACGAGAAUCAGAUUCUCCCCCUCAACAUCAUCAAGGAGGUCGGGAAGGGAGGCUACUCUGUGGUGUACAAAGCGCGAUUGCUAAAGGGCUUCCACGAUUUUGAAAAAGUCCAGGGAGAAGGUUUUGUGGCCGUCAAGACUUACAGCGACCCUAGUCUCGUGGUGGCUGGCCAGGACUGUGCUAAGGAAAUGCUCAAUAAUUCGAAAUUUCUCCAUCCUCGAGUGAUAUCUCUUCUAGCAUCCCUCGACCAUAAGGGCAUCUUCAUCCACAUCUAUCCGUUCGCCGAAGGUGGCAGUCUGCAGGAACUGUUUCGCAGAAACCCAUCGGGGCCUUACCUUGACCAUCAUUUCACUUGGAGCCAGUUCAUGGGGCUUCUCGAAGGUCUCAACCAUAUUCAUACCGGCAGAGCCGAUCGGCUGGGGUAUCACUUUGAUCUGAAACCACACAACAUCAUGAUUUUCGGGGACUCUUUCUGGACUAUCAUCGACUUGGGAUUGGCUCACUACAAGGAAAAGAAGGAGAUGAACGCCGAUCUAUCCAAGACCGGAAGAAGAGCAGGAAGCGACGAGUGGGGCCCACCACAGUGGGAGAAAGUGGGGCGGGGAUAUGAUGUGUGGGCUUUGGGUUGCAUUGGAUGUGUGAUUCUCGUCUGGCUUGCCAAAGGCGCGGCGGGUGUCGAGCAGUUUGCCAAAGACCGGAAAAAUUACGAUACAACCCACCACGGGGUGAGUGUCAUCGGGUCCAGCUUCUACGGGAAUAAGGUCCUCAUCCCGGCGGUCGAGACACUACUGUCGGAAUCCGAGGCGGUCGGAGGUCUUACAGGGAUGGCGGCCGCGAUAUUGCGAAAAAUGCUCAACUACGAAGCCGACGGCCGUGUGACGGCGAACGAUGCUCGAGUGGGCUUGCAGGAAGCGUUGGAAGCCACGACACCGGUUGUUCCACCAAUCCCGCCGAAAUUUGCUACACUCACUCCCACGUACUCUGUGACUCCUCUCCAACGGGCCGGUGGCGUCAAGAACAGCUUGGAAGUGCCCGGCGAGGCUGGCCGUGCAGAGAAACGUGCGCGAUAUUCGAUAUCACAGGGGCGGUCCCCAUACCAAAUGGAGGAUAUCGUUAUCCCGACACCAGCACAGAUUGGCGGUGCCGAAGCAGCGGUUCCAAUAGUGAUCCAGGUUCGGUCACCAUCGGCAGAGCCCGACCUCCGUCAAAGGGACGAGGCUUACGAGACUUCGAGCGAGGCUGGGGGCGAUAGGCCUGCCGGUCCAGCAUAGACGCGCUUUGAAGAAAGACCGCGUUUAUGGUUCGGGGCCUCGGGAUGAUGCGGGGGUGGGGGGUGUUUCGGGGCGGGUGUGAUGUGUGGUCUUUUUUUUUGUCUCCGCGCCGAAUGGGAGGACUAGAAGGGUGUACUAAUGUUUUGCGGGUUUUGGGUCUAUGGGUUCUUUGAGUUCUUAUGUAAGGAUUUCUUUAUGUCGCCUGUAGGGGCCUUUUAUUGGUGGUAUUUUGUCUAUUCGGAGGUCGGGUUAUCGGGUGGCAUCGUUACUGCCAGAGAGCGUGAUUUGCAGUCUGUUUCAUUUUUGCGGGAUUUCAUGAGAUCGGAGGUAGCUUGUGGGAUUGAAUGUACUCGUACUAUUUUGAAUAUGUUUUUCGGA